GUUGACUUUUAAAUAUAUAUUUCAUCUUCUUCUUUACACAUUUUAUUCUCUGCAGAAACAAAACCAUAGUAAUAGAAUCUUAAAACAAUGAUAUUUUAGUUUAGUUGUUGUAUAAAUCUUGUUCUUGUACGUGUUUUCUUCACCGGUGUUCGCCAGCUGUCAGUUGACUGUUUGACCGUUUGAUCCUGGUAAAAAAGUAAGCAUGGUUCGAGUUGAAGAUUGAAUAUUGAAGAUGUCCACUUUUAAAUGAGACUUUUAUCAUCUCUCGUUAUAUAAGGUAAGGACUUUCAAUAUCGUUACCUUCAUCAAUCAUGUUUCCAGACAGUGGCAAUGGAAAUGGGUCUGAAGCAUCCACCUCCACUGCUGGAUUAUCACAAAGUUGUUGUAAAUUCGAGUUUGAUGCUAUUCUGUUAGCUAUAGAUAAUUUUAAUGAGUCAUUAGUAGUUGGGAAAGGGGGUUUCGGGAAAGUAUACAAAGGCAAUAUUAGCAUAGGAGCAACCCAUGUUGAUGUUGCGAUCAAAAGGUUGGAUUUGAUGUCAAAUCAAGGGGAGGUGGAGUUUUGGGCGGAAGUUGAAAUGCUUUCCAAGUUGCGCCAUGCACAUUUGGUGUCUUUAAUUGGUUACUGUAAUUACGAAAAAGAAAUGAUCCUCGUUUAUGAAUACAUGCCCCACGGAACACUUGAAGAUCAUCUACAUAAACUCAAUACCCCUCUUUCUUGGCUUGAGCGACUCAGGAUUUGCUUAGGUGCGGCGCGUGGCUUAGACUACCUUCACACUGGCACAGGUAUUGAGGUUGGUGUUAUACAUAGAGAUGUCAAGAGCUCAAAUAUUUUGUUACAUCGAAAUUGGGCAGCAAAAGUUUCGGAUUUUGGUUUGGCUAGAAUAGGUCCAACAAACCAACCAUCAACUUAUGUGAACACACUGGUUAAAGGCACUUUUGGGUAUAUUGAUCCAAACUAUUUUGCGACUGGAAAGUUGACAAGGAAGUCUGAUGUGUAUGCCUUUGGGGUGGUAUUGUUUGAAGUGUUGUGUCAAAAGCGACCAUCGGAUGAGUUUUUUGAAUGUGGCCUAGUAACAUGGAUACAAGAAUCAAUUAAAGAAGGGAACUUAAAGCAAAUGGUUUAUUCGGGUAUACGAAGUGAGAUAUCUCCAAAAUGUUUAAAAGGGUUUGCUCGGAUAGCUCAAAGAUGCUUGGAUUAUAAUCCAAAUCACCGUCCUACCAUGACUGAGGUGGUUUCUACUCUUGAAUCUCUACUGGCUCAAUCUGUAUUGUUCUUGCAACAGAAAACCAAUGGCAAGAAGCUAUUUGGAAGAGUAUUUAAUGUGUUUCCCUUUAGCUCCCCUGGUGGAAACUUGGGUAUUUCAGUCUCCGGUGAUGAAAAUUCAGGUACACCAAAUUCCCCUGCUGAGAACUCAGGUGCACCAAGUUCCUCUGCUGAGAACUCAGGUAAACCAAAUGCUGCUGCUGUGAAGUCAGGUACAAAUUCCCCUGCUGAGAACUCACGUACUCCAAUCUCUCGUGGUGAAAACUCAGAAGAAGGGCAAGGAAUAGAGGGUGCAAUAUUAGAUGAUAUAAUUAGCCGGUUGUUAGAAUUGCGGCAAGGAAGGCCGGGCCGUCAGGUUCAGUUAUUGGAGAACGAAAUCAAGCAGCUUUGUGCUGCUUCCAGAGAUAUUUUUCUUGAACAGCCAAAUCUUUUAGAACUUGAAGCUCCUUUUAAAAUAUGUGGUGACAUUCAUGGACAAUAUCCUGAUCUAUUGAGGUUGUUUGAAUACGGGGGGUUUCCGCCUGACGCAGAUUAUUUGUUCCUAGGAAACUAUGUGGAUUAUGGCAAGCAAUCUUUGGAAACUAUAUGUCUUUUGCUUGCUUACAAAAUCAAAUAUCCCAACAACUUCUUCCUUUUAAGAGGAAACCAUGAAACUGCCUCCAUGAACAGAAUCUACGGAUUCUAUGAUGAAUGUAAACGACGAUUCAAUGUUAGACUAUGGAAACAGUUUACGGAUUGUUUCAAUUGUCUUCCUGUAGCUGCUAUUAUUGACGGGAAAUUGCUAUGCAUGCAUGGGGGUCUAUCUCCUGAUUUAGCUAACCUAGAUCAAAUAAGGAAUCUGCCUCGUCCAACUGAUGUUCCGGACAGCGGUUUGCUUUGUGAUUUACUUUGGUCAGAUCCUGAUAGAGACGUUAAUGGAUGGGGAAUGAACGAUAGGGGAGUCUCAUACACUUUUGGUGCCGAUAAAGUUACAGAGUUUCUAACGCAGCAUGAUAUGGACCUUAUUUGUCGGUCCCAUCAGGUGGUAGAAGAUGGUUAUGAAUUCUUUGCUGAUAGACAGCUUGUUACUAUAUUCUCCGCUCCAAAUUAUCGUGGUGAAUACGAUAAUGCUGGUACAAUGAUGAGUGUUGACGAGAACUUGAUGUGUAGUUUUCAAAUCUUGAAGCCAACUGAAAGAAAACGUAGAUUUUCAUGACUUGGUGACUUGGAUACUACUGUAUUGGUAACACAGAAGACUUCAAAGGUUAGUAUCAGACUCUUUUAUUUGGCCAGAAUAUACUCUGUAACCAUUUCAUUGUAUGCCAAAUUCAAAAUAAUCAAACAAAUGUUUAAGAUUUAUGAUAUAUCCAAUGUUUAAUUUUACAA